AAUAGUAGCAGCAGUACCUUCUGCUGUUUGACCGACGUAACAUACCAAGAAGAUUCACUCGUCAAAAUGUAUUCGAAAAGUAUUGGGGAACGUCAAGCCACUAAGGAACAUGUUUUAGCUAUUUCAAGAGAUUUUAUUUCACAGCCACGGCUUACGUACAAAACUGUGUCAGGUGUAAAUGGGCCAUUGGUAAUAUUGGAUGAAGUCAAAUUCCCAAAGUUUGCAGAAAUUGUUCAAUUGAAGCUUGCUGAUGGAUCCAUGAGAUCUGGUCAAGUAUUGGAAGUAUCUGGGUCUAAAGCUGUUGUUCAGGUAUUUGAGGGUACUUCUGGCAUUGAUGCAAAAAAUACUCAUUGUGAAUUUACUGGUGACACUCUUCGGACCCCUGUGUCCGAAGAUAUGCUGGGCCGUGUCUUUAAUGGAUCUGGAAAACCAAUUGACAAAGGCCCUCCUAUCCUUGCGGAAGAUUUCUUGGACAUUGAAGGUCAACCAAUUAAUCCAUGGUCACGUAUCUAUCCUAAAGAAAUGAUUCAAACUGGCAUCUCUGCUAUUGAUGUUAUGAAUUCUAUUGCUCGUGGACAGAAGAUCCCCAUUUUCUCUGCCGCAGGUUUACCACACAAUGAGAUUGCUGCACAAAUUUGUCGUCAAGCUGGUCUUGUAAAAUUACCUGGGAAGUCAGUUUUAGACUCUCAUGAAGACAACUUCGCUAUUGUAUUUGCUGCUAUGGGUGUGAACAUGGAAACUGCUCGUUUCUUCAAGCAAGAUUUUGAAGAGAAUGGUUCUAUGGAGAAUGUAUGCCUCUUCUUGAAUUUGGCUAAUGAUCCUACUAUUGAAAGAAUCAUUACUCCACGUCUGGCUCUGACUGCAGCUGAAUUUUUGGCUUAUCAAUGCGAAAAACAUGUUUUAGUCAUACUUACUGAUAUGUCCUCUUAUGCCGAGGCUCUACGAGAAGUAUCAGCUGCUCGUGAAGAAGUUCCGGGACGACGUGGUUUUCCCGGUUACAUGUAUACCGAUUUAGCAACUAUAUAUGAACGAGCUGGUAGAGUAGAAGGUCGUAAUGGUUCCAUCACUCAGAUUCCAAUUUUAACUAUGCCGAACGAUGAUAUUACUCACCCUAUUCCUGAUUUAACUGGAUAUAUUACUGAGGGACAAAUAUAUGUUGAUCGUCAACUUCAUAAUAGACAAAUUUAUCCACCUGUUAAUGUACUUCCUUCACUGUCUCGUCUUAUGAAAUCCGCUAUUGGUGAAGGGUGGACGCGAAAAGAUCACUCUGACGUGUCUAAUCAAUUGUAUGCAUGUUACGCCAUUGGAAAAGAUGUACAAGCUAUGAAAGCUGUUGUUGGUGAAGAAGCUUUAACACCAGAUGAUUUACUAUAUUUAGAGUUCCUUUCAAAGUUCGAGAAGAACUUCAUUUCUCAGGGAAGUUACGAAAAUCGUACAGUCUUUGAAUCACUGGAUAUUGGUUGGCAAUUAUUACGUAUCUUCCCUAAGGAGAUGCUGAAACGAAUUCCUACUAACAUUCUCGCUGAAUUUUAUCCAAGAGACUCGCGUCAUUAAUUUCUCCAAUGAUUAAAUUUUUCCUCUUCCAAAUUCCAUAAAAAAAGUUGUAAAUGAAAAAGAUGGAAAAAGGUCUGACCUUUUUAUAAUUAAAUCGAAAAAGAAUUAAGUAUUUAUAAAAUUUCGAAAACACAUAUUGUUAAAAUUACAAUACUUUUGUUAAUCAAAUCUCAAAUAUAAUUGAAAUUAUUAUGUUUUGAUAAAUUAAAUUAAUAUGAUAAAUUGCUGGACAAUAAUGAUAAAUAUGUAUUGGUACAGAACUUAAAUCUAAAAGGUCAGAACCCCGUUGUACGAUUUAACGUUAACCCUAUAUCGUUGAAAUCAAAUUUUAACAAUGUAUUGUGUUUUAUGCGAAUAAUCACUUAUGAGAAGUGAUCGUGUAAAGUGUAAUAUAUUAUUCAGUAUUAACAUAGAAAAAGAAAUAUGAUUGUAUAACACUUUAUAUUUUUCGGUCCUACAUUCCAAUAUCAAGUUGUCAUCUGUAGAAAUGUUAUUACUCAAUUAAAAGAAAUAAAUAUUAAAUGUUAUUUAA